AUGCGACCCACUAUUGAGAGACUGGAUAAGCCCAGCGCUUACUAUUUAUCGAAGAAUAAACGGAGAAAGUUUGGUGAUCGGGAUGGAACCCAAGAGGACCCCGUUGACCCCUUGAAGGAUGCUACUACGCUCUAUGUUGGGAAUCUCUCAUUCUACACGACGGAGGAACAGAUACACGAGCUUUUCGCCAAAUGCGGAGAGAUCAAACGGCUAGUCAUGGGCCUUGAUCGAUUUGCGAAAACACCCUGCGGCUUCUGCUUCGUAGAAUACUAUACUCACCAAGAUGCGCUGGACUGCAUGAAAUAUAUUGGGGGUACUAAACUGGAUGAGCGGAUAAUUCGGACAGAUCUGGACCCUGGGUUCCAGGAAGGGCGGCAGUAUGGACGGGGUAAAUCUGGUGGCCAGGUUCGGGAUGAGUACAGAGAUGAAUACGAUCCAGGACGCGGGGGUUAUGGCCGCGCCAUUGCUGACGAGCGGAGAAAGGAAGAAGAGGAGUACGGGAAAGGUAGGUAA